AUGGGGGACUCCAAAGACAACCUCGUCCAGCUUGCAAGCGUGUACUGCCCACAGAUCGACCCGGCCCUGUUUCAGGCGAUUGUUCUAGACUAUGACUUAGCAGACCCAGACCAGGUUGCACAGUUGCGUGAGAUCCUGGACGUUGUUAAGACUUCUGCCAUCGAGCAAGGAAAUCUGCCGUUUGAUCCAACGGGAACCACCAAUCUUAGAAUUGAUGAAUGCGCAGGUUCACCACGCACGGAAACCCCCGCCGGUGCAAUACAUCCUGACACCCUCCUGCCCUCCAUCGAGUAUCUUGAUUUGGACAAUGAUGGCUUUAACUGCAUCAGUGAUGGCAACAGUGGGGUCAAUGCAUCUCGGCGUGCACAGAUUUCUUCGGGCAUGACCAGUGCCGAGAAAGCUCAGAGCUUGAUCAGCAUGUUCCCGAGUAUCACCCGGCUAGAGGCUGAGAGUAUCCUCGGGGACUCUCGCGAUGAUCUAAGUCGUUCAAUGGAUGUUCUGUUGAACCUUGCUUUCAUCGAAGAGACUAAGAUCGCCGGGGACGCUUCCCAACAAGCCGAGAUUGCCCAGGGAUUCCGUCAGCCUUUGGCCCUCAAGUCAAUUGAUGGAUUUGAAGCCAAGGAAAGUGAAAACGGCAACAAGAAAAGCCGCAGAAAGAGAAACAAGCAGCGUAAGCAGAACGUCGUGGAUCUGGCUGCAGAGGCUACCACUGAGCCUGUGACGAACAAAUGGGAGACUGGCGCGAAGGACAUCGAUUUCAUUGCCUCGCGCGCUUGCGAUCUGUCGAGAGAGAAAGUUGCCUCGACCUAUCACGCCAAUUCCAUGUCUCUUUGCGCGACGCUGCGAGUCUUGGCGAAUGCCCAAGCCCCGGCGGACAUUGAGGAGAUCGAGGAAGACCCGGUACUUGUUACACAAGUGGGAGAUCUCGUCCACAAGUACCCAGCUGUUGCUCCCACGACCUUGGUCGGGUUGAUCAGAAUUGCCAAUGAGAACCUAUCUGCGGCAGAUGAAUUAGCGGAAGCGUUGUCACGUCGGCCUGCCCUAAGCUCCAUUUCCAACAUCAUUGCCUUUGUUUCACAACCUCCUGUCAUAGAGGAAGACGAAAAUUCUGCACCAGAAAGAGAGGUAGACAGCUUUGCAGAGGACAUGGACUUUAAUCAGGCGUCAGCGGCUGCCGCUUCCCAUUUCGCGGCUCGAUCGGUAGCCCUGGGGCAGGCAUCACAGUCAGCUCGUCGUGCACGAUCAAACCACCUUUACGGCGGUGCAUCUGCUUAUUAUCGUGAAGUCGGAAACGAGCAGCGGCAACUAGCCAUGCGCCAUACGGCAACUGCUUCUGAUAGGCUCGUGGCGCACCAGUCGAGAAACUGCGACUUGGAUCUGCAUGGUGUGAACGUCGCCAAUGCAGUCAGAAUCUCCCGACAGGGUGUUGAGAGUUGGUGGGAGGCCUUGGGCGACCGUAAGUACGUUCGCGGCGGCGGAAGAGACGUUCACGGGGGCUUCAAGAUCGUGUGUGGUGUUGGCAACCACUCCCAGGACCGUAAGUCUCAUUUGGGGCCUGCUGUUUGGAAAAUGUUGCGCGGCGAGGGCUGGCGUGUGGAGUUAGAUCGGGGCUCCAUGUUGGUGACUGGAAGGGAGCGUCGUUAG